AUGACGAACAAAUCAAUGUUGGUUCUGAGUUUAUUGGUUCUUUACAUCUCCUCUGUAAAUGGGAAAGCAACAUGCAAACCUCCAUUGGUUCAAGAAUGGCAUCCACAGCCCGCAUCAUAUAUUAUAAAUUGGACACUAAGAGAAAAUAUCUGCAUGGACUUCUACGAAGACUGCUGGGGUUUGGACAUGAACACUAAAACAAAUAUGUUAGACAAUAAAGUUGUACCCCAGAUAUGUCCUUUGCAAAUUCAAUCAGGGGACAUCCUGGUGAUUUCUACUGAACCAUCUCUUUUGGAAUUAAAUUUGAUGAAUGUUUCUGAAGCAUCGUUCAUCAGUUGUCAGCAAAAUAGCACGAAUGAAGAUCAGUUACUUUUCGGUUGCAAACUAAAAGGCAUGUACACAGUUAAUUCUCGGUGGCUGGAUAUUGGAACUCAUUAUUUUAUCUCAGUAGUGACAAGUGGUCCAUCACUGUGUCAGAUGGGACUUCGACUAAAUGUGACAGUAAAACAACAGUUUUGCCAAGAAUCCCUAGGCCUAGAAUUUUGUUCUGGGCAUGGUAAAUGUCUUAGUGAAAUUUGGAGCAAGUCAUAUAGCUGCCAUUGUCAACCUCCAUAUUCUGGAAAAUACUGUGAGAAACUUGAUGCAUGUUGUUAUAAACCAUGUAAAAUUAAUGAAAAUUACAAUGAAACAAGAGGAACAUUGAAUAAUCAAGGCUGUGAAUGUAUUUGCCUUUUAACAUUUACAGGCAGAAAUCAUUUGGAAAUAAUUGGCCAAUAUCAAUCACACAUCUGUUUCCAUGGAAACUGCACCAGUAUUACUGAAAAGAGUCUCAUUUAUGAAUGUGAUGAACAGAUUUCAGGAUCUUAUGUGCAUCUGUUCGCCAAUGUUGACAGGCAAGUCUUUUGCAUGCCAGGCGUUACUGUAAAAAAUGAUGACAAAGAAGGUGACCCCUGUAGACUGGUCAGCAUCAACUGUCUGAAUGAGGAAUGGAAUUUCACUAUGAUUGGUCAGUUCAGACACACGUGCAUACUCUGGUGUACCAAAAAUGCAAGUUCCUGUGUAAAGAAUAUUUACAUAAUUCAUCAGCCAUGCAACUUCUGUGGAGUCACCCGGUAUGCUAUUAGGCAAGCUCAGGUUCCUCCUCACGUUGCCUGCAUUUGGCAAUUGGAACUGAGAGUACAUGAAGUUGACAAAUGUGAAUUAGCCAGCGUGGCUUACCUUUUUCUGAAUAAGAACAACAUUGAAGAGGCAGUUGAUAUGAAAACACCUGAAGUUAUUAGUCAUCUGUAUUGCUUCCCAUAUAAAGGCACAGUACAGAUUUAUGCAAAUGGGUUUAAUUACUCGACUGAGGAGGAGAGUCAGAGAUCUUGGUGUAUUUGUGUUCUUGGAGGGGCUGUCGGAUUGCAUGUGGAAAAUGUAACUGACUGUCAAGAAAAUCAAUUUCAACAAGAAGAUACAAGUAAAGGUCAAAUGAAUAUACUCAAGAUUCAUAUGAAAAAGGAGUUGGAACUGACCAUCAAGUCAGAAUUCAAACCCAAGCAAUUUAAUAUGAGAUGUGAUUAUCCAAAGAGAUGCAGUUGUGCUUUUGUUUAUCUUGAGAGAUUCUGCACUGUCAAUGUUGAAAAGUGCUUGGGAAACCAGAGUACCUCAGAGCAUGCCCUGGGCCCCGACCAUUUGUGCAACUGGAGCUGCCUGCAAAGAUGUGAAAGCACCAUCGGCUCUCACUGUGAAUUUGGGCCGUGUGAGCCUACAAACCCUUGUGAGAAUGGAGCUGAAUGCAGAGAGAAGAUGAAUCUGGAAGCAUUUCCCUUUGGAUUCCAGUGCCAGUGUGGGGAAGGCUUUGCAGGUGCUCGCGGUGAAAUCAAUGUCAAUGAGUGCAGUUCUAGCCCUUGCCUGAACGGAUACUGCUAUGACAUGGCGGGUGGUUUUUCCUGCCUAUGCAAUCCAAGCUAUGCUGGACUGAGAUGUGAACAGGAUAUUGAUGACUGCAUACUGAAUGCCUGUGAGCACAAUGCUACAUGCCAAGAUCUGCAGCUGGGCUACCAGUGUGUGUGCCCAUCUGGCUGGGAAGGACAAUCCUGCGAACAAGAGUCCAGUCUCUGUAAAAUAAAUCCUUGUGAGAACAAUUCCACCUGCACUGACCUUUACAAAAACUAUCACUGUGACUGUACUUCUGGAUGGACUGGAAAAAAUUGCAGUGAAGAAAUAAAUGAAUGUGAUUCUGACCCAUGCAUGAAUGGAGGUCUGUGUCAUGAAUCUGCCAUCCCUGGACAAUUUAUCUGUCUGUGCCCACCCUUUUAUAUGGGACAGUUUUGCCAUCAGCACUACAGCCACUGUGAUCUACUCAAUGAUCCUUGCAGAAAUAACUCAACGUGCUUGAGUUUCGUAGAUGGAAAUCAUUAUUGUAUUUGCAAAGAAGGAUUUGUAGGCGACUACUGUGAAACUGACGUGAAUGAGUGCCUCUCCCAUCCCUGCCUGAAUGAUGGUCACUGCAAAGAUGGAGUCAAUCAAUUCAGGUGUGAUUGCAGGCCUGGAUUUUCUGGACAUCAAUGUGAAAUUGAAAUUAAUGAAUGUUCCUCUAGGCCUUGCAAAAAUAAUGGAACAUGUGUGGAUCUAGAAAACAGAUUUUUAUGUAAUUGUCAGUCUGGAUACCAUGGGUCGCUCUGUGAACUGAUUGGGAAUGAAUGUAAAACUCCAUUUUGUCUAGACACCGAAAACUGUGUCAGCAAGCCUGAUGAUCACAAAUGCCUCUGUGUCCCUGGUUACACAGGCAGUGAUUGUGAAGUAAAUAUAGAUGAAUGCCUGUCAGAGCCUUGUCUGCACAAUGGAGAUUGCAUUGAUGGUGUUAACCGUUACACCUGUGACUGCAAGAGUGGGUUCUUUGGGACACACUGUGAGACAAAUGCAGAUGAUUGCUUCUCAAAUCCCUGCCUACAUGGAAGGUGCAUAGAUCUCGUUAAUGCAUAUCAAUGCUUAUGUGAAGCAGAAUGGACUAGUACAAGAUGCGAGGUCAAGAUUACUGAUCACACAUCAAUUCCUUGUGUAAAUGGAGGCUUCAGUCAGAAGACAGGGCAUGGACUUACCUGCAUUUGCCCACUAGGAUAUAGUGGUGCAUAUUGUGAACAAAGCAUUAGACAUGAAAUGAAUUUAGCCCUUUGUUUGAAUGGAGGGAUUCUCAUUGCUGGACCGGAACACACUUUUGAAUGCAGGUGUCUUCCUGGAUUUUCUGGUCCAUUUUGUGAAACGGAUGUAGAUGACUGCUCUUCAUCACCAUGUCGGAAUGGUGCAAACUGUGAGCAUCACAUCAAUGGAUACAUUUGCAUAUGCCAACAAGGAUGGUGUGGCCAUCACUGUGACAAGAAACUCCAUGAAUGCAUUCACAGCUCCUGUACUCAUGGCGUGUGCAAAGGUGAAGCUGGCUCGCCACACGUCUAUACAGCCACAUUUGUGACUUCUUCUACUGUACUACUUCGUGGUGAUGAAAAGAGCGGAGUUACCUGUUUACCUCCCAUUUCUCAAAGAACAGAUGUGUUUUUUACACUAAGGGAUAUAAUACGCCCUUCUGAAACUUCAGUCAGUAGUUUUCCAUCUAUAAAACCUACAGGAAUCUGGACCAUAUUUGAUACUUAUCCAGUCGAUCAAGACAAGAAAUCUAAUGAAUUGAGUAUUGGCUUGUUUUUUGAAACCAAUUUACUUGGAAAACUGAUUGCCUUCAAAGAGCUUUCAGCAAAACACAGUUGUCUUUUUUCUUUCACAGCUGUUUCCUCUUCUCCAUUUCUGAAUUUUGGUGUUCAUGAAGAAGCACCAAUUGUUCAGAGUGAAACAUCAGGAUCGCAUAGGCCCAUCCCAACUUCGGCAGCCAUGGCAGCGUUUGUUUUUCCCGAGAGGGGAAGUACGACACCGUCUAUCAUCUCUUCUUUAAUGACAGAUUUUAUUUUUCCUACACAGUCUUUUCUACUUGAAAAACAUCUGACUACCGCCUUCUCUGCUAUCACAAUGAAUUCAGUAAUUAGUGACAUUCCUGCGGCUGAUACUGAGUUAAACAGAUACUCAUUACUCUCCCGCGGAUUCCUGCUCACCACUCCUGCCACAAGUGCACCUCCAAUUGUCUCUCGGGGAGCUCAAGAGGGUAUUGAAAAAUAUUCAGCUGUUUCUUUAAUUUCAAGAAUACAGCACUGGAGACUGCUGAGCUCCUCAAAUGCUGCCAUUCUUCCUGGUACAAUAAUUACAUCCAAACAGGUAGCCAUUUUAAGCUCAUCAACUCUGCACCAAUUCAGUUCACAAGCCCAUGAACAUCUCCAUAUUACUGAAGCAUCUAGCGACCAGAGACUCACAAACAUCAAAUCACAGGCUGCUGAUUCCUUAAGCGAAUUCAGGCAAACAUGUGCAACAUGUUCUAUGACUGAGACAAAAUCCUCGUAUGAAUUCUCAGAUCAAGUUUUGCAUAGAAAACAGCCUCCGUUUUAUGAGACAUUCUGGAUGAACUCAGCAAUAUUAGCCAGCUGGUAUACACAAAUGGGAACUCAAACUAUCACUUCUGGGCAUUCAUUUUCUUCUCCUAUCAAAAUAACACCAUCAGUGGCACUCACAGAACUGUCAUUUUUAUUUCCUUCCAAAAAGAGUGCAAAACGAACAGCUUUAUCCACAUCCGUAGAAGAAGUCAUUACCCUAUCAGGCAAUUUGGAUGUUAAUUUAUGCUCAUAUAAGACAUGUUUAUCCAUUGUCCCUUCACAAACUGUGUCCUCAGACUUUAUGAAUUCUGAUUUGACUUCCAAACUAACUGCUUAUGAUCUCUCAGUAUCAGAACACAUUAUAAAACUAUUGGAAACAAGACAAUAUGCUGCAGCAACGGGCCUCACUGAGAUAGUGGAUGAAAACAAUUCAUUGGAUUUAGAAGAGGGUAGAUUGUCUCAUGAACUUUUCAAGCAUCACACAACUGAGAGUUCUUCAGAUUUUGAAUUGAACUUACAAACCAAUUCAGAUGUAAUUUUAAAGAUCAAUUCAGAAACUGUUUAUUUAAAGGACUUCAAGACUGAUCUGUUAGUGCAUACAGAAUUGGUAUCUGAGGUUGCACAUGUGUUCUCUGAUGUUGUGUUUUAUGCAACUUCAGCAACUCGGCCCCUCCCAGUACAGACCUCUUUGCCCAUGUCUGUAAUUCAGCUCAAUAGACCAUCUUAUGUGGAUUAUCCAACCUUCACAUCGGAUUUAACAGAAGAGAGCAAGACUUCUGCAGAAUGGUCCAGGUGGGAACUGCAGCCUAGCAUGCAUAAUCAGCGUUCCCUUGUGGCAUACCAGAGUCUUCCUAAAACCAGGUCUCUUACUUUGCCUUCACUGGAGUCCAUUACAGCACCUCCCCAGCUGAUUGUUUCUGAUUCCAGUUGUGUUUGGUAUUAUGGAGAUUCCUACUUAAAAUUUCAGAAUGUGUUUUUAAAUCAGCAAAACAACAUUUCCCUAGAAUUUCAAACCUCAAAGUCCUCAGGACUUCUUCUCUAUAUCAAGCAAGACUCAGAUUCAGUGGAUGCAUUUUUCACUCAACUAUAUAUUGAAAAUGGUACUUUAAAGUAUCAUUUCCGCUGUGCUGGUGAAUCGAAAUUGAAAAGCGUUAACACCACCUUCAGAGUGGACAAUGGACAAAAGUAUACACUGCAUAUCAGGCAAAAUUUGGAUCCGUGUAAAGCUGAACUGACUAUUCUAGAGAAGAUUAUAAAACUAAAUGAAUCUAUCAAUCACUUAUCUGGAACCCCCCUGCCAGUAUCAGGAUCUGUCCUUAUUGGUGGAUCACCACAUCUUUAUGGAAAAGAUCAGUAACCUGUCCCAGUUGAGAAUUUUACUGGCUAUAUAGAAGUUACAGAAUUCAAUAACUUGGGAUCUUUCCUUCCAUCCAUGGCAGUGGAAAAAUAUCACAUUGACAACUGCAGGUCCCAGGAUUCUGUCCUGUCUCCAGCCGCCUCCUUCACUGUACCUUCUGGUGUAACACAGGGGAAUGACUCUGAGUGGACUUCUUUAGGCCCCUCUGCUGCAGUGACAUCUGUCUGCCAAGAGGAAACAUGCCACAAUGGAGGCACUUGCAGGCCCAUCCCACUCUCCAGUGGCAGCCCUUCGUUCCAGUGUGACUGUCCACUACGUUUCACAGGCGACUUCUGUGAAAAAGAUGCAGGUUUAUUUUUUCCGUCUUUCGAUGGAAAUUCUUAUUUGGAGCUGCCAUUGUUUGCAAUCUUGGAUAAGUUGAAGUUUGUCCUGGGAAAGGAACAGAAGAGAAUUGUCACCAUCCACUUGACCAUAAAAACAAGCACUUCAAAUGGAACCGUUCUCUACAGUACUGAGAGUAAUUUUGGGAAACAGUUUCUUCAUUUGUUUCUUGUGGAAGGAAGACCUACAGUUCAAUAUGGAUGUGGAAGCUCUCAAAAUAUCUUGACUAUUUCUGCUAAUCACACCAUUAGCAAAAAUACAUUCAUCCCUAUCAUGAUACGCUACACAGUGCCAGUUGGCAACCCUUGUAUGAUUGAAUUGGCUGUAGAUGGAAAACUUCCAAUACAGAAGAAAAAAAUGAAGACAACCUAUGCUCAGGGAUAUUUUGAAUCUAUGUUCCUUGGUAAUAUACCAGAAAAUGUUGAGGUCCCUCAGAGUGUGGGCCAUUUUUAUGGAUUCAAGGGUUGCAUUCGAGAACUUCGAGUAAACAACAAAGAAAUCUUCAUCAUUAGUGAAGCACGACAUUGGAAGAACAUUGGGAACUGCUACAUCCCUUGGUGUAAUCAUCUGUGCCAUAACAAUGGCACCUGUAUCAGUGAUGGUGAAAGCUGGUUUUGUGAGUGUCCAAGGCUAUAUUCUGGCAAGCUGUGCCAGUUUUCAAGUUGUGAGAACAACGCAUGUGGAAACGGUGCCACCUGUGUUCCAAAGUCUGGAACAGAUUUUGUCUGCCUCUGCCCAUAUGGGAAAUCUGGACCUCUUUGUACUGAUGCUAUUAAUAUCACUCAGCCAAGGUUCAGUGGCACAGAUGCCUCGGGAUACACUUCGUUCCUGGCUUAUUCACGGAUCUCAGACAUCAGCUUCAAUUAUGAAUUCCGCUUGAAGUUUCAGCUGGCAAACAACCACUCAGCACUGCAAAAUAACCUCAUGUUUUUUACUGGACAGAAAGGCCACGGGUUGGAUGGAGAUGACUUCCUGGCAGUGGGCCUGCUUGAUGGCUGUGUGGUGUACAACUAUAACCUAGGUUCUGGUUUAGCAAGUGUCAAGAGUGAGCCCCUUGACCUGAACCUUGAAAUCCACACUGUCUAUCUGGGCAGAUCCCUCAGGAAAGGCUGGCUAAAGGUAGAUGACCACAAAAAUAAGUCCAUUAUCUCCCCAGGAAGACUGGUUGGACUCAAUGUCUUUAGUGAGUUUUACGUAGGUGGUUACACUGAAUACCUUCCAGACCUCUUACCAAAUGGAGCCUCUUUUAAAAAUGGCUUUCAAGGUUGCAUUUUCACUCUUCAAGUUCGUACUGAGAAGGAUAGCCAUUUCAGGGGACUGGGAAAUCCUGAGGGACACCCAUUCGCUGGACGCACUGUUGGCCAGUGUGAUGCAUCUCCUUGUCAUGUAAUGAAAUGUGGCAAUGGUGGGACAUGCAUAGAAGAUGGAGCUACUGCUUACUGCAAGUGUACUGCUGGAUGGAAAGGAACAUUUUGCAUGGAUGCAGUUUCCACCUGUGAUCCUGAACAUGACCCCCCUCACCACUGUAGCAAAGGAGCAACAUGUGUUUCCUUACCUCAUGGAUACACCUGUUACUGUCCUCUGGGAACCACUGGAAUCUACUGUGAACAAGCUUUCUCUAUAAGUGACCCAUCUUUCAGAAGUGACAAAUUAUCAUGGAUGUCUUUUGCUUCCUUUCAUAUUCGAAAAACAACUCACAUUCAGCUGCAAUUUCAGCCUCUUGCUACAGAUGGGAUCCUAUUUUAUGUUGCACAACAUUUAAAAGCACAAUCAGGUGAUUUUCUAUGUCUCUCUUUAGUAAAAGGUUCUAUUCAACUUCGCUACAACCUUGGUGACAGAACUAGCAUUUUAGAAACUCCCCAAAAUAUAACUGCCAAUGGAAGUAUCUGGCAUGUGGUUAAAGCAGGAAGAGUUGGUGCAGAAGGCUACCUGGAUUUAAAUGGCAUAAUUGUAAGACAAACUGCUCCGGCAACAAUGGACUUCCUGGACACCAAUACAGACUUCUAUAUUGGAGGAGUGCCAUCUUUAAAUCUUGUAAACCCCAUGGCAACAGCAAAUGAACCUGUAGGUUUUAGAGGCUGUGUCCGAGAAGUUAUUAUAAAUAAUCAAGAAUUACAAUUAACUGAACUAGGAGCAAAAGAUGGUUCAAAUGUAGGUGACUGUGAUGGGACAGCCUGUGGAUACAAUAUUUGCAAAAAUGGAGGAGAAUGUAUAGCAAAUGGUACAACUUUUUCUUGCAGAUGCUUGCCACAAUGGACUGGAAAUACAUGCAGUCAAUCUAAGCACUGUUUGAAUAACACUUGUCUCCACCAAUCACUUUGCAUACCUAACCAAUCCUCUUACAACUGCCUGUGUGCUUUAGGUUGGGUUGGAAGGUACUGUGAAAACAGAACUUCAUUUUCAACAGCAAAAUUUAUGGGUAACUCUUACAUUAAAUACAGUGAUCCAAAUUAUAAAGAAAGAAGCCUUCAGUUCACCACUGUAUCUUUAAAUUUCAGUAGUACUGAAACAGACGGCUUAAUAUUUUGGAUGGGAAAAGCUCAAAAUGAAGAAAAUGAUUUUUUGGCAAUUGGUAUCCAUAAUCAGACCUUGAAAAUUGCAGUUAACUUGGGAGGAAAAAUGUCCGUAUCAGUAAGUGAUAGUAAUAUCACACUCUGUUGUAACAAAUGGCACCAUGUAGUCGUCAAUCAAAAUCGGACUCUCAUCAAGGCCUACCUAGACAACAACUUAAUCUUUCUUAAGGAUAUUGAUCCACAUAAAAUGUUUAUUGCUCUGAAUUAUGAUGGUAUUUGUUACCUAGGGGGCUUUGAAUAUGGUCGGAAGGUUAAUAUUGUCACUCAAGAAAUUUUCAAAAAAGAUUUUGUGGGCAAAAUAAAAGAUGUUGUAUUUUUUCAGGAUUCAAAAAAAAUUGAACUCAUCAAAUCAGAAGGAUACAAUGUUUAUGAUGGAGAUGAAAGUAAUUAG